CUUCUGAACUAGAGAGUUUGAAGAAGUUCAAAGUUCGCACAGAGCACAGAGCUGACACUGGAGAACAGCCCAUAGCCAGAGCUGAGUGAAAGCUGUGUGUGUUGAACAUGAAGACUCCUGGAGCUGUGCUGCUGUUGCUGUGGUCUGGUCUGGUUGUGGUUGCAGCAGAGAGUGGAGGCCUCCAGGAUGAAGCUACAGGUGCAGCCCCAACCCAGCUAACCUGCCAGCCUGACAUCCACACUGUGCUGAGAGAGAUGAGCGCUCUGAUGGCAGAGCAGAGAGUGGAGCUCAGAUACACCAAGACACAAAUGGAAGCCAUGGAGACCAGACUGAGAGCCAGUGAGAAGACAGUAGAGGAGCAGAGAGCUGUUAUUAAGGAGCUGAAGGGGAAACAGGAGGAGCAAGCAGCAGCUGUGAGAGCUGUAGGAGGCAGUGUGAACCUCGCAGGGAGUCAGGUGGAGAAGCUGAGGAGGGAGAGAGAGGAGAGGAAGGUGUCUUUCUCUGCCUCACUGGUGGCAUCUGGAGAUGAAACCUUUGGACCUUUUACAGUAUCAACACCCCUGGUCUUCAGAAAUACCUUCGUCAACAUCGGAAGUGCCUACAACCCAAACACAGGGGUCUUCACUGCCCCUGUCAGAGGGGUCUACCACUUUGUGUUCUUUUUGUUUGGGAAUGGCCAUGCAUCUACCCCUACAGGGGCCUCGCUCUAUAAAAAUGACAAACACAUGGUCAUUGCAUACAGUCACCAGACGGGCCAGUAUGUAAAACCCUCCAAUGGGGCUUCUCUGCUGCUGGAGGUGGGGGAUGUGGUCUACCUGAAGCUGUGGCCCAAUGCCUGGGUGAGAGACAAUGAGAACCUCCACACAACCUUCUCUGGACACCUGCUCUUCACCAUGUGACUAAACAUCAGAACAGACCCAGGGCUUCCGACGCAAGGACAGCCAGUGGUUACUGGUGACUCUCCCCGUGACUGGAGCAGCCAGUGGUCACUGGUGACUCUCCCCAUGACUGGAACAGGGCUGGCGCCUAGGCUGGCUGACAACAUUUACAAUUUUACUUUUUUGGUUCAUAGAUGAUGUUUGCUCAUGUGAAACCCACUUAGCACUUGUCCUGUGAUCAGUGAAACAUCUCACAUCCAUGUGAGAUGUUUACUUGAUGUUGGUGUCCUUGACGUUUUGGGUGACUAUGCUGUGGAUUAUUUACAGGGUUUUGUAAUGGGAUGUCAGGGAGUUUUUUAAUUCAUGACACAUUUCAAUAUCAAUCACAAAGGUAUGUGUGUCGUUGUAAAUCACACUCUGCUAAAAUAAAGAUGCCAGUUUUUUUCUGUAA